CUCUCAUCACCAGCUGCAAAGUGUAUUUGCCAGAUCUGGCUUCGGAGUACGGUUAUGGUGUGCCAAUGCUAUUUCAAGCCGCAAUACUUGGAGGCGUGUUCUCGACUGCCGAGCAAUACCUGAUAUGGAAGUGGCGUCAUGCAACUUCUCAGCCUCACUUACCGUGUCCGAGAUCACUCGAGCCGCACCGGCGAUCUCCACUCAAGUCGCUCACUUGAGAUUGCGCUGAGCAUUUGGGACCAAAGAUCGUUGUGCAAUAUCAUCCCACAAUGGCUGACCCAGUCUCAUUAUCAACUCUCAGUUCUCUUCUCACGGCCACAAUAACAGCUGCAAACUUCGUCUUCGCUCUUCAUAAUACUCCAAAGGACGUCCGAGCAUGCGCCGAACUUGUCACCCGCAUCUACGACGACCUUCAGUAUCUGGUGACUCUCCGCAACGCUCAACAUGAGUACCUCGAGACUGUGCCAUAUGAGCGCAAGCGUGUCGAUGGCAUUAUAGCUGGGGCGACGAAAAGUCUUUUGGCGAUUGGGAGUAAGUUGGAAGCUUGCAGAGCGGAGGCAAAUGGAGGGAAGGUACCGAUGAUAGGGAGGAUGAAAUGGGUCUUGGGCGAUUCAGCAAGUUUUGUAUUGCAUAGUAGAAACUUGGGAGUUCAACAGGCCGCGAUCAAUACCGAGAUCAGUUGGUUGAGAAGUCACAAGACGAGUAGAGGAAAUGCGACAGAGAGAGACCAUGGAGAGGAUGAGAAGGCCGGUUUUGAGAACCUGGAAUUGCUGAGAUUGAGCUCGAAGAGGUCGAUGAUUUUCAGGGACGCGGCAGCUGGACUACCUGCUCCACCUCCUUACGAAGAGAACUCUCCUCAACGGAGUAGUACACACGGUGCAUCAAGCAGCACGAACUUGUCUGAGGAGACUAGAAGCCAUUGGAAUACCUACCUUGAACCCACAAUGAGUCAACCAAGUCGAAAUCAACCAGAAGAAUUCCUAGCAUCAUCUUUGUCUGCACAACAGCCGUAUGUCGAAGCCACCAAUACGUUCGGAAACAACUAUCGAAGUCCCUCAACAGGAGAGUCAUCAGUCGAUCGGAGGAUUGGUUCACAGCAGCUGUCCCCGGACACGUCCCUGCAGGCGAGACAGCAGUUAGAGAGGAAGAGAUCUUACAGUAACCUUGAGCUCAAUUCACAUUCGCCACAAAUUUCUCUCGCACAGCUGCAACCUCAGAUCACCUCGACUCCUGCCUUUCCAUAUAUGAAUCAACAUCGCUCGAAUACAUCCAACUCUCAACCGUCACGAACAUACCAAGACCAAAGAAGCUCCACACCUGCGUCCAAUUACCGCCCUGCCUCUGCAAUCAGCUUCGAACUUUCACCUAUGUCAACUGUAAAUCCAAACUUAAGUUUCGACACUUCAUAUUCAGUCGUCUCUGAGUGUCAACCUCCGCAACCCUCACCCAAGCCACCAAGGAAAUCAACCGCUUCCCGGAAUAGAUCCACAACAAGCCUUUCCACAAUGGCAGACAGCUAUCAAGACUUUGCCCUUUCGGAGCUCUCAGGAAAUUCCGAAUGGAGUCCUACGCCAGAAAUUUCAUUCCAACUCCCAUACAUGGCAGGAUCAAUGCCUGUCCCGGUCUCGAAGCCGCCAGGAGAAACUACAUACUCCGAUGAAAAGAUUGCUUUGACAUAUACCCCAUUCAGCUACAAGGCUACGCCGUACUCGCACAUGUUCCCAGAACCUGUGCAUUCGACACCGAUACAAAAUUCUAUCGAAGACAGUGACAAGAUAAUCGUGUCAUCAAACGAGCACCCCACACCACGCUUUUCACCAAUGGAUGACUGCGACAAAGAAAGUAUGGCUUCAUACAGCUACGCUCCAACACCAAUACUCUCUCCGGCUUACCAAGACGAGAAAGAGAGUGUCACAUAUUCCUCUUAUGCUCCGACCCCGAUAAUGUCGCCUGUUAGCUUUGCUGACAGACGAACUGUCUCGGCCCUCAGCUUUAGGAAACCGCCGGACACGGGGCAAUACGCGAGAGCUGGGAACAUGCAAAUAUUUGGCAAUGAAGAGAGCUUGAAAGAAGAUGAUACUGAAGAUGCGUUCUUUCAGGAUUUGAAGGCGCAGGAGAUUGAGAGAAGGCAGAGGCGAGUUGUACGCGGAAGCGAAGGCGCAUGGAGAAGUCAGUCAGCAAGCUAGGAAAUGCCACUCUAUCUGGGGUGCUUAUAUAGCCUAGGCAAUACAACAGACGUUGUCCUUUUUCAAUCACGAUUGGCUCAUGUUUGCUUGUGCAUAAUCGCACGAACAAGAAUUCGAACAUCAUGAUGCGG